AUGUCUACGGUCUCUCCUGCCAGCAAAAAGCAAAAGCUGCAAAAGGUCAUCGGGACUCACAACGGAACAUUUCACUGCGACGAAGCCCUCGCCGUUUUUCUUCUGCGUCAGACCGCUGUCUAUCGUGAUUCGGAUCUCAAACGCACACGCGACCCGAGUGUUCUCGAUACUUGCGAUAUCGUGGUGGACGUCGGUGCUGUAUACGAUGAAUCAAAGCAAAGAUUUGACCACCAUCAACGAGGUUUCACUGAAGUUUUUGGACAUGGGUACGAAACAAAAUUGAGCUCUGCAGGGCUCGUGUUCAAGCAUUUUGGAAAAGAGAUCAUCUCCAACGUCGCUCAACUGAAUGUCGAUCAUGAAAACGUCCAUACCUUGUGGUUGAAGAUGUACAAGGAAUUUAUCGAAGCCAUCGACGCGGUUGAUAACGGCAUUUCUCAAUAUCCGACGGAUCUGAAGCCGAGAUACACAAAUCGUACGGAUUUGUCCAGUCGGGUGGCUGCCCUGAACCCACCUUGGAAUCAGACACUUGAUGCAGCUGGCGUGGAUGCCCAAUUUUUAAGAGCAUCUUCCUUGACAGGUGGAGAGUUUAUGGGAAAACUCAGCUACUACGCCAAUGCUUGGCUACCUGCAAGAGAGUUACUGACUGAAGCGAUGGCCAAGAGCAGAGCGAAUAUAGACUCGACCGGGAAGAUCAUCCUUUUGGAGCAAUUUUUACCCUGGAAAGAGCAUUUAUUCGAACUCGAAACCAAGAGCGGCGGUCCGCCUGCCGCACUAUACAUCAUAUAUCCAGACGAGUUUGGUGGUAAUUGGCGUGUUCAAGCUGUUCCCGUUUCGCCCGAUAGUUUCGAAAGUCGUAAAGCGCUUCCAGAGAAAUGGAGAGGUGUACGGGACGAUGAGCUCAGCAAGAUUAGUGGCGUAGACGGUUGCAUUUUUGUGCAUGCAAGUGGCUUCAUCGGUGGAAAUAAAACAAAAGAAGGAGCGAUGCAACUUACAAAAUUGGCACUCGAGUUGUAA